AUUUUCCUGAUUCAAAAGAAACACAAUUCUUAAAAUCCUCAAUUACUUUAAAAUCACAAUAAGUUUUUUUCUAAGAAGCACACAGUAAUAUUUAAAGCUAAUUUAUGUGAAAGACUACGUAACCCGCUGCGUAAUCAGCAGAUUUAAUGAUCUAUCACUUCCGCCCGGCGCAAAGUUAAUAUUUGCGUGAGAGCAAGUUGAAUAGCUCUGUUUUUUCGAUUGACAGUCGAUUUAUUAUUAACAGCGACACAUGCAUCGUACAUCGAUGUCGCGUGUAUUAUGGCGUGCGUCGAUCUUGUCCGAAUGGCAAUGCUGUAUCUGCCUUUCGUGAAAGUUAUUCUGUCGAUGGUAGCCGCGGACUGUGCACGUUUGUUCGACGUAGUGUGGCAAAAUGUGGCGGAAUCGCCGUAGGACGAGAGGAUUAAAAAGAUGGAUGGAAGGAGAGGGUACUAUGAAGAGCACUCUUCUCGCCGGACUGGCGGAACUGAUUGGUACAUCUAUCUUGGUGCUUGUGGGAUGUAUGGGCUGUGUAGGUAGUCUAGGUGUCGUGCCUCCUCAUCUACAGAUAACGCUAACCUUCGGCUUAGCGGUUAUGGUUGUGAUCCAGUGUUUCGGCCACAUUAGUCAGGCUCAUGUUAAUCCAGCAAUCACAGUGGGAGCUGUCGUUUUGGGGAAAAAAACUAUUCCCGAGGCCUUAGUAUACCUUGUGUCCCAGGUAAUAGGUGCCAUUCUGGGAUACGGCAUGCUAAAGGUGGUGACACCGAAGGAUUACUUGACAUCCGGUACUGCCGAACAGUCGCACCUGUUUUGUGUGACUGAUCUGCACGCCGAUCUGUCCGCGAUCCAGGGUCUGAUCCUCGAGGGACUCGCCACCGCCGUUCUGGUGCUGGUAUUCUGUUCCGUGGUAGACCCGAGAAACGAGAGGAACACGGACUCGGUGGCAUUAAAGUUCGGCCUUACGGUGGCCGUAUUGGCGACCGCAUUUGGGCCCUACACCGGUUGUAGCAUGAACCCAGUGAGGUCAUUCGCGCCCGCAUUGUGGAACAAUGAAUGGUCGCAUCACUGGGUCUACUGGUUCGGCCCGAUGGGCGGAGCCCUAAUUGCCUCAUUCGCAUACAGAACUAUCUUUAGUGUUUCCGAGAACAUUACCGAGGACGAAGAGCCCACCGCCGAAGCGGUUGCGCUCAACAGCGUGGAUGCCCACAAAACCGAGCCCUAAUUUCAAUGGCGAGACAGGCACAACCAAUGUGACAGGCGGUAAAAAGAAGCUAAAACUCGAUCGAUAUUUUUUCAACACGAAGAAAACCUUCAAACAUCUCUUGAGAAGAUAGAUACUUUGAAACGCACAGACAAUUUUCAAUGACGAGUCAGCUUCAAAUAGUCAGAAUUAUGAAAGGAGCUUCGAAACUCAUCGUCAAUCAGAAGAUGUACUCGAAAUCUCCGAGAUCAUCGUCAACAUAAAAUGACGUAGCCAUCAUCACGUGCGUAUCCUCGUACAACCGCAAGUCACGCUGUUUCUCAGUGUUAAUUUGAUAAAAUUAUUUGAUUUUAUUAAAUCGCGAUCGUUUUGUUAUCAUCAUUGUUUUUUUUUUCAAUAAUCCAGUUUAAAUUGAAAUCAGAUAAAUGAGGCUUCCGCGUUCUUUUAUCCAAGUCUUAAUAUCUAACUAACAAUAAGUAUGCUUGCCCGCGUUUAAUCAGAUAUUUUUGGUCUAUCCUGGCAAAACUCUCGCGCGCGAUGUGUGAAAGCAUCUCGACGAUAUGAUCGUCGAGAGUGGACUCAUAAUCUUACGAUCAAAUCUCAAUUGAUAUGGAAUGUGAAAUUAAUUUCGAAUAAACCCGUUGUGUGCCACUUUCUUUCUGUAAUAUAGUGUAUAUUCGCUAUAAAAUACCUCGAUUAUCUGUACAAGUUUAUUGUAUGUAUAUAUAUAUAUAUAUAUAUAUUAUUUUCUUUCUUCAUCUGCUAUACGUACGUUAGAGACAAGUACAAAUUUACGACUCGAUGAGAAUAUGAAUGUGGCGAAUAAACAUUCAAAAAUGUACAUCUAAUUACAAAAAAAAACAACACUUUUAUGUUAACUCUUUUGUUUUCAGUUUGAUAAUAAAUCGAAUUUCACGAAAUUAAUCUAUAGUGCCAUAUUUUCAUUCUCUUUGAUUCGUGCGCCUUUUGCAUGGUAAAUAUAUUAUAGUUAUCGCAAUCCGAUUAUAUGUUAUAAUACUCUUACGCGAUAUCGCUUGACAAACUUCACUUUUACGUUAUCCGUUCGUUUAGGCAAAGCGCACUGUUUCGUACUCGCGUUUGUUAGUCGUCCGGAUUCAUCGCCGGAAGCGGAAAUGUCGAUUCCAGAGCGACGAAAAAGCCGCGACCGAUGACUCUUUACGUACCAAUUUUUGUUACAUGAAUGUAUACACUAUCGUUAUUUCUAUAGUCACGCAUAUAUACUUGCUCCAAGCUAUCGCUAUGGCGGGAGAAAUGUUUCGUCCGCUGGAAAAAAGCUCUUUUUCGAAAAAGGCAGCUUUCGAGCAUUUCCAAACAAGUAACGUUUCACUAUUUAUAAAUUUUAUCAACAGACGCACAAAUAUACCUGUAAAAAAUAUAUAUAAAAUGGCAUAAUCUCUCACAUUAAAUAUUUGUCUAUUUGUACACGCACUAUCCUGUUAUAUCAUACUUCCUGCAGAACGAAUUAUCUGUUUGAAUUAUAUAAAGGGAAACGAUCCAGAAGAAUAUUAUCAAAGAAUUGA